GGUGCUUGAUUGCAGCCAGGCCAGAUUUGUAGGGAGAGAAAAGGGGCUCUUCAACAUAUUUAUGGCUCCAUGAUCAUUUCCUCUCGCUGAUUCAGACUUUGUUCCAUCUCCCUCCCUCUCUCUCCUCCCAAUGGCGACCAAGCAGGCUGAGCAGGCUUCUGCUGCUGCUUCUGCUACUCCAACACCGCCCAAUGGUGGCCUGGCCGCCUGGUCCGGCGUGUUUGCUUCCUUUCUUCUGUUCGUCACCACCUGGGGGUUUUCCACCGCGUUUGGCGCUUUCCAAAGCUACUAUCAAUCCGAUCUCUUGAGCACCAGUUCCCCGUCGCGGAUCGCCUGGGUGGGCACCAUUCAGGCCUUCUUUCUCAUUUCCACGGGGGUCAUAGCUGGGCCCCUGUUCGAUCGGGGAUACCUGCAUCAUCUGAUGAUUGCAGGCUGUUUCUUGACCACGUUAGGGCUGAUGAUGCUGAGUCUGUCCACCGAGUACUACCAGGUCUUUCUCUCCCAGGGUGUCUGCUGCGGCUUGGGAAGUGGUCUGAUCUACGUGCCCGCCCUGUCGCUUGUUUCCACCCGCUUCACCACGCGACGCGGCAUUGCUGUUGGCCUGGUGACUUCGGGGGCCAGUUUUGGCGGGGUUAUCUUCCCCAUCAUCUUCAUCCGCCUUCAGCCUCGGAUCGGAUUUCCCUGGACGGCUCGCACCAUGGGCUUCAUUCAACUGGCGUGCUCCUGCGUCGCGGUGCCAUUGUUGAUGGCCACCACCAAAACACGCCGGAGCCCCCCACGGCAGAUCAUCCACUGGCACGCGAUGAAAGAGUGGCACUUUAACGCCUACGGGAUUGCCAACUUCCUCAUGUUCAUGGCGUACUUCAUUCCGAUCUUCUACGUGCCGACCUUCGCCCAAACUGCCCUGCACACCUCCACGGCACUUAGUUUCUACAUGGUGUCGAUCCUCAACGCCGGCUCGGCCAUCGGCCGCAUUGGGUCGUCGCUGCUGACCUAUCGACUCGGGGCCAGCCACAUCCUGCUGGGCAGUGUGAUUGCCUCGGCCGUGCUCCUCUUCGGCUGGACGGGCAUCCACUCGGUCGCGGGCUUUGUCGUCUUCUGUGUCCUUUUCGGUAUCUUCUCCGGCGUGCUUAUCUCCGCCAAUCCGCUGGUCAUCGCCCACCCGGUGGUCUCGCCCGACCCCUCAGUCAUCGGCACCCGCAUGGGCAUGCAGUGGUUUGCCACCAGUCUGGGUGUGCUGAUCGGAGCGCCCAUUGGGGGAGUCCUCGAGGGUCAUGGAGGGAGUGAUGGCUUUCUGGGGCUGCAGCUGUUUAGUGCUGUGGGGAUGAUCGUGGGAGCAGCCUUUCUCUUAGUGCCGACGAUGGCGGUCUGGCGAUAUGACAAGCCUUGAUUGUGGGGAAAAGUGAGGGGGGGAAGGGGGAAUCAGACGGCUUCCACAAUUUCUCAUUCUCCUUGAAGGGGGGCACAAACAAAGAGCAGCAAGUGGAGGUGCAUUAGUGCUUAUCCUCUUGGGCUUCUUUCGUGGUUCUCGGUAUUGCAUGCGUCUCGGAGUUACCAUUACAAUACACUUGCAUGCCAUGUAUCAAUACCUUACCAUACUUAACCCUAAUGGAUAUCAACAUUCAACCUUGACUUGACCAUGUCGACAUGGUGCUGGAAGUCACCUUCAUGUCAGAUGUCCCUACCUGAAGGAGCAUACUCCGAUCCUAGUCAACGCCAUUUGGGUCUG